UACACACUUUUUGUGAAUGGGAGUUUUAUUACAAAUUUCGGCGUGGGCAGUGACCACGAUAGCAGCCGAUUAUACUUUUCAUAGAUACCUAUGUCCCAAAGACACCAAAAUACCUAUUGCCACUGUCAUUGCAGUAAACGAGAUAGAGGAACCAAAGAAAGUGGUUCAAACGAUGGCAUGGCAAAUAGCCAGUCAGCCUAAUAGUUUAUUGUUUGAUUUUUCGGGCUUAGGAAUCGAUCGGCAACAAAUAUUUGACGUGCUUCAUUCCAAUUUAUCUCCCCUUGUUACAGCCGGUGUCAAGAUCUCCAGUGACAAUGCAAACGUGAUGGAAAUCACCUUACAGAGUACGAAUGUUCUCUUAUUAAAACAGACACGAUCGAUAUUAAAGCACAGAGGAAUGAAACUAAUAAAGCCUUCGAUAUACCUGUUGCCUACCAGUACCUUGUCUCACGACCCACAAACCUUGUAUUGGGUGGUGCGAAUAUUUCAUUUACCACUGGAUGCAACGUUAUUAUUAGACCAAGACCAACAUCGUAAAAAAUUGGCGGAGGCCGUUACCAAUAGUUUCAAUCAAUCUGCAAUCACUGUGAAGCCUAAAAAUAUAUUUUACGAAACCGUCACACGGUUGUCUAAUACGAUUUAUACUGGUACCGUUUCUGUCUUGAUGAAGGAAGACGUGUUUAAGAAGUCCGUUAUAACAGCACAACGCAGGUUUGUUUACUUGUCUUUUUACAAGCAUCACUUUGAAAUAGACAUCAAAAGCCUUUAGAUUUUUUUAAAUCUUUUUGAAUUCCAGGGCCAGACAUUCUCAUGAAACUUGACCAAAUACCAUUUUCCGUUUAAAAAGAGAUAUUUAUAGAAAUAAAUUUUUUUUUGAAAGAGAGCAAAAAAAAAAAAAAAAAAAAAUAUUGGGUUGUACAUGUUAUUUAGAUGUAUUAAUGAAAAAAAAGGGGGUGGGGAUGAAAAGAAAGGGUGUAUAUUUGGAA